CAGAGCUUCACGGGAGAAACGUUGCCGAAGCCAUGAAAACGUGAUGUCAUUAAUCAUUAUGAUGAGAUGCCAAACAUUAACGUAACCUUGAGGACCGUCAGUUUUACGGGCCAUACAGUCAGAGGUUAAUGCAGGACUUUCCCAGUCGUUUUAGGCAGUUACCUAAUUUGUAUGCUCACCUGGCGUUUAUAUUUCCGACGGCAAUUGAAGGCAGCUGGAAACAGCAACCACCCCUCAACGCCACAAGAGUUUCAUCAUCCAGCUGUGACCCUGUACCGUAGUAGCCACCAUGGCAGAAGCGCACCAGGCGGUGGCCUUCCAGUUCACUGUCACCCCUGAUGGCAUUGACCUACAGCUGUGCCACGAGGCUCUACGCCAGAUCUACCUCUCUGGCCUCCACUCCUGGAAGAAAAGGUUCAUUCGCUUCAAGAAUGGGGUGAUGACUGGUGUGUACCCAGGCAGCCCUGCUGGGUUCAUGGUAGUGGUUGUGUCCUACAUGUCAUACAAUAAAUAUCAACAGCUAGAUCCAUCUCUGGGGUUGAUUGCCAAGCUGGGCCAACACAUACCUAUCAGCCGUUACAUGUCCACAGACAGCCAGAGGAUAGUUGGAGGAGUUCUGGUGGGCACAGGCCUGUGGGUCACCAUAAUCAUGAUUAUGAGGAAUGUCCUAAAGUGCCUGCUGUCGUGGCAUGGCUGGAUGCAUGCGCGCCAUGGCUCCGUGUCCUGGUCUACUCGACUGUGGAUGUUGUUAGUGAAGGUGUUCUCUGGAAGGAAGCCAAUGCUCUACAGUUUCCAGAACUCCCUGCCACGGCUACCUGUUCCCUCUGUCAAGGACACCUGCAGAAGGUACCUGGAGUCAGUGCGCCCACUGAUGGAUGAUGAGCAGUAUGAACGGAUGAAGGGCUUGACUAAAGACUUUCAGAAGAACCUGGGACCCAGGCUGCAGUGGUACCUCAAACUCAAGUCGUGGUGGGCCUCCAACUAUGUCAGUGACUGGUGGGAAGAAUAUAUUUACCUCAGAGGCCGUGGGCCCAUCAUGGUCAACAGCAACUAUUAUGCCAUGGAUUUCCUGUAUGUGUUCCCCACCUCCAUACAGGCUGCCAGAGCAGGUAAUGCAAUCCAUGCCAUCAUGCUCUACAGGAGAAAACUGGACAGAGCCCAGAUCAAACCAAUAUACUUGCUGGUGAACAGGGUUCCUCUGUGUUCGGCUCAGUGGGAGCGGAUGUUUAACACCACCCGCGUCCCUGGUGUGGAGACAGACAACCUUCAGCACAUGAAUGAGAGCAAACACAUAGCUGUGUACCACAAGGGCCGUUUCUUCAAGGUGUGGAUGUUUUAUGACGGGCGGCUGCUGUUGCCAAGGGAGAUCGAGCAGCAGAUGGAGAGGAUCUUGGCAGACAAGUCAGAGCCCUUACCAGGGGAGGAGAGACUAGCCGCGCUCACUGCAGGGGACAGGACCCCAUGGGCAAAGGCCCGUGAAAUGUACUUCAGCCGUGGUAAGAACAAGCAAUCUCUGGACGCCAUUGAGAAGGCGGCCUUCUUUGUAACCCUUGAUGACACCGAACAGCGCUACGAAGCAGACAAUCCGGUUAAGUCUCUGGACCGUUAUGCCAAGUCCCUGCUCCAUGGACAGUGCUAUGACAGGUGGUUUGACAAAUCCUUUAACCUGAUAGUGUUCAAGAACGGCACAAUGGGGCUGAACGCAGAGCAUUCCUGGGCAGACGCUCCAAUCGUCGGUCAUCUGUGGGAGCAUGUGUUGUCCAUGGACCCUGUUAAGCUGGGAUAUACUGAGGAUGGUCACUGCUGUGGAGAGCCACACCCCAACCUUCCAGGUCCUCAGAAACUGCAGUGGGACAUCCCUACAGAGUGCCAGGAAACCAUCCAGAGCUCUCUGACAUUAGCCAGGACUCUGGCAGAUGAUGUGGACUGUCACAUUUUCCCCUUCACUGACUUUGGCAAGGGUCUGAUUAAGAAAUGCCGCAUCAGUCCUGAUGGCUUCAUCCAGAUCGCCCUACAGCUGGCCCAUUACAGGGACAAAGGGAAGUUCUGUCUGACGUACGAGGCCUCCAUGACACGUUUGUUCCGUGAGGGCCGAACAGAAACUGUGCGCUCCUGCACGAUGGAAACCUGUACUUUCGUUCGCUCCAUGAUCAGAGAUGAGACAAGAGAGGAGCGCCUCAAGUUGCUCAGACUGGCUGCAGAGAAGCACCAAAACAUGUACCGCCUGGCUAUGACAGGAGAGGGCAUUGAUCGCCACCUUUUCUGUCUCUACGUGGUUUCCAAAUACUUGGGAGAAGAUUCACCUUUCCUCAGAGAGGUCCUGUCUGAGCCGUGGAGGCUGUCCACCAGUCAGACUCCUCUGCAGCAGGUUGAGCUGUUUGACCUGGUCAGACACCCAGAAUAUGUGUCCUCCGGGGGUGGGUUUGGUCCGGUGGCUGAUGAUGGUUAUGGUGUCUCCUACAUCAUUCUUGGUGAGAACCUCAUCAACUUCCACAUCUCCAGCAAACACUCAAGCCCAGAAACUGACUCACACCGUUUUGGCACCAACAUCAAACAGGCCAUGCUGGACAUUCAAGACCUCUUCCAGCUCGACAAGAAAGCCAAGUGAUCGCCCCCCAUAUGGGUGGAAAAACACAAGAUGCCGUUUUUAGCAAAACAUAUAUUCUUCUUGAAACUUGUACAGAAUGAAAUUUUGGGUUAUUUUUAAGUUAAUUGAUGUUACAGAUGUAUGGAUGAUUGAGAAGUAUUUGGAAAAAAAAACAAAAACAUUACUGUUGAUGUUUGUGAGGCAUUUAUGUGUACUGUAUGUAUAAGUAGGGUGAGAUUCAGGUGGCAUCAGGUACAGGUAGUGCACAGAUCAAAGUUUUUAUUCACAGGACUGUACACACCCGUGCCUUAGUGACCCACUAAUGUAAAAAGGGCAGAAAGGGAGGUGAAAAUUAGAGCCACACUAGUUUGAGAUGAGAAGUCAGAAUUACCUUAGUAGAGACAUUUCAGCUGAAGGAUUGUUCAGUAGCAUCAUCCCAUGUUCAAUCACAUUUUAAGUUGAGAGAUGGUGCAAUAUUUUUACCAGUUUUUGUCCCAAUUUUGAAAAUCCAUUGAACUUUUUUUUAAAGUUUCUUCUCGUAUCCUCAGUUGUCAGCACCUGAGUCAUGUGUAACUGGCCAAAGCAGCAAAUUUGAUGUAGAAUAUUGUAAGAGGUUGCAUGUUGUUGUGUAGUGUCCAGUAAUUUAAUUUCAUAAUGCUCAGUUUAAAUACUGAGUCAGAUUCAUUAGACUGUACAGUUGUAUCCAGUGAUCUUAAACGUGCUGAAGCCUGUAGGAGCAAAACUGUAGAUCUAUGAUAACAGCAUAAAUAUUCGGCUUUCACUUUUGGAAAGUGAUCCAUUGUGAUUCUGGAUACCAAUACAGAAAACGUAGAGCUGUUGCUGCUGUCUAACCAAUGGAUUUGUAUUGCCUUUCUGACUCAAGUGCACAGCCAGUGUUGUUUGUUCUUUUUAGCUGCUAUGGUUUUAUGAUGUAGCGACAAAGGCAGAUCAUGUGUAUGUGCGUGUGUUUGUUGUUUUCAUACUCAGGUUUUACUAACUUGGCCUAGUAUUCUGUGGUGCUGGCUGCAGCUUAUGAAGACUAGUGCUUAUGUUGGCAUGUAUAUGUGCAACAGUAGAGGAAGUUGAGAUGCAGUACGAUACCAUGUGAUCUUGAUAAGCUGGCUUGCUGUUGAAGUGAAGGGUUGGCAGGACAGGGUGUGCGUCUGGGGUGAGUGUGGCACAGCGUGUAACCAAUGGUGACUUUGUUUCUAGUGUUUAAAAGAGUUGGAUAGCUGUUCUUUAACUCCAUUGUGUGCUCCAUGACUGGCCCUUUAGUUCAAAGGAACCAGAUCCUAGCUACCUUGGUAGCCUUUUGUCAGAUGAAGAUGAAUUACUAACAUUUAUCAGCAGACCGUCAAGUUGUCAGUUACAGUGCAGUGGUGAUGCAGCUGUUGUUGCCUAGUGAAGGUGAGGUGCAGAAUCGCUUAGUGAGUUGUUGUGUCUCCCCAGUACAGUAGGAAAUCAGUUUGUCUUGGAGUUAUGCUUAUGAAAGGUAGAGGGGCUGUCAGGAUUAGGAAUGCAUUUCUGUUAUUAUGUAUAUGUUGUCAGUUCAUCACAUUAUUUAUUUUUUUCCCCAUGUUUUAACCUCUUUAUUCACACCACAAACUGCUUGAGACAUGUGUAUUUACCAGUUGAAUUUGGCAAAUGAUAAGCACUAAGUUAAAGCUUCACUGAUUUAAGAAGUGAAACAGACGAAAUGCUUCCUGUUGUUUUUUGACAUGACAGUUUUGUUUUCUCAGAUUUCACUAGUAUGUUGUAGUUGUAUGACUUUUUAUCUCGGUAGACCUCAUGUUUACACUGCUGCAUGUUUUUUUUUGAAAAUGAAGCUGUAAAUGUUUGCCUUUAAAUUAAAGAUGUGUAAAAAGACAAGCAGCUGAUAUACCAAAACAAGUUUUAACAAUAAAGUGAAUGUCAGACAGCUG